GGUGCGGGCGGCGGCCGCAGUUGUCACCGGUAGCGGCAGGGUCGGUCGGUGGGAGCGACUCUGUCCUCGGGAGCGUCACUGUACUGAGCCCUUCCCUUGGUCCGGCACCUCCGCCAUGACCACCACGGCCACGUUCUCGGGCAUGGACCCCAAUGGCAGGAACAGCUCCAGAGUGCUGCGUCCUCCCGGCGGUGGCUCCAACUUCUCCCUGGGCUUUGAUGAGCCCAAAGAACAACCCGUGAGGAGGAACAAAAUGGCAUCCAGCAUCUUUGGAACUCCUGAGGAGAACCCACCUUCCUGGGCUAAAGCAUCAGGGGCUAAGCCAGGUGAAACCAGAGACAGCUGUGAAUCCUCUGGACCACAAAGAACAAACUCAACUGAGGCAAACUGUGGAGACUUCGUAGAUCCCAAGGGAGGAGAUGUUGGUGGUGACAUUUUUGCUUCUUUUCUUCUAGAAAACACUGAGGCUGAUGUAGAAGCUGCCCCAGGUCAGAGUGAAGAAAAGUCCCUGCCUGCUGCACCUGUUCCUAGCCCAGUAGCACCAGCACCUGCACCCUCCAGGAGAAAUCCACCCGGUGGCAAGUCCAGCCUAGUGCUCGGUUAAACCUUUCCUUUCCUGACUGUUUUGAACUCGUGUCUGUUUUCUUUUCCCCAUGCUUGUGAUCUGCACAACUUGAGCCUGACUGUACAUCUCAAAUUUCUUUCAUUAAAAAGAAGCACUUUAUGUACUCCAUCUUUUUUUGAAAUCAAGGGGUUUUUUUUCCACUUCUGUCCUGUGUUUCCCCCAGAUCUGCUGGAAGUGACAUGAGUGUUUUCUAGUGAUAGACUUGAGGGAAAGCUUUAUGAAGUAUUGUAAUGUAAUUCAAAGGAGAGUAGCUUGGUUCUAAGUGUGCUUAGAGGGUUUUUGUACUGAGAUUUUUUUUUUUUUUAGAACCCCUUAGCUUUACAAGGGUUUAGAAUCCUGGUUAACCAGGCCAGCAAACAAUCAGCAAGAGCAGUCUCUUCCUCCACAUGUGGGAUUUAGGGAUCUAAAAGGCUUCAUUGACUGCAUGUGGUAAAUGCCUUGAGCCCUGCUGUGCCAUAUAAAUCAUUAAAUGGUUAAUGUACACCAUGCUGCCUUUAAAAACGAAAUAAAUCUUGAUACGGGACUACUAUGACACAGGGUCUGUGCCAAAUAGAGUGCUGAUGACCAGAGCCACCUGGCCUAGUGCUGGGAAGGGGCUGAUUCAGACUUUAUUCAGUAAAGGUGGAGUGGAUCAUAUAAGAAUUACAGGGCAUUUUUUUUACAACUGACUCAAUGCUGUGCAUGAUCAUGCUGGUGCUUGACCAUGAGGUGAAAAUCUCAUCCUUUAAAGUGUGUGUUGUAAUUUCACAAGGCUGGAUUGUUGCUUAAAAGUAAAUAAUAUAGAAAUUUUGAA